AUGCACUCCGCGCCCGCCGAAGCCGAGCUCGUCAGGGGUCUCUGGGCAAACCCCCGCGUCCGCCGCCUCCUCCCCGCCGCCCUCCUCGCCCUGUCCGCCGCGGGCACCGGCCUCUUCGUGUGGAGCGAACACGAGCGACUGGCCGCCCUGGCCCAGCGCUACUCGUCGUUGCUCUCCCAAUUGGACACUGCGACCACCACGACCUCAACCACGACGACUGAGCACGACCGCCAGCGGGUGUGGGACCAUCUCUCCACCCGACCCGAGAUCCUCAACACGUUCCUGUUCUGUUCGUGCGGCUGCGGCGAGAAGGUGGACUUCCACCAGGGCCAGUUCGAGAUGAAGUCCGGGCGCGUCUUCAACUGCGCCCACUUCCGCUGCGACGGCUGCGGCAAGCAGCUCCAGGGCACCACCGCUACCAGCACCACCACUACUCAGGCCGAUCACCACGGCCACGAAGAAGACGGCUGGGUGUUCAACAAGGAGGGCAAGCUCUACUGCGUGUACGACUUCAUGGAUCGGUUCUGCCACACGUGCGCCGGCUGCGGGCACGAGCUGGGCGACCAGCUUGCGGUGGACCCGCGCCUGGGUGCCGCCUUCUGCGUCGACUGCUUCCGGCAACACUCGUCGGCCGACGUUGGCCAGGGCGUCGAGCACCACUUCAAGGUGCUCGAGCCGGUCGAGUCACAAUCGCAGGGCGACAGGCUAAUGAAGGAGGUCAAGCAAUGGCUCAGCCAGGAGAUGGGACUCGAGUUCGCGGGCGCAGACGGCGACAUUCCGCUCUCGCUGUACCGGCCGGAGAAGAUCGAUCAACUCAAGGGCAUGGGCAAGCAGCACAUGAAGGCCGGGCACGACGAAAAGAUGGGCAGCACGCUCGGACUCACAGUCAAAGAAGCCUCGCGGCCCUCCCUCUUCGCCAAGAAGACCUACACACCCAAGGAAGUCAUCCUGGUGAAGGGGCUAAGCGAAGAUCACGCCGGAGCAGUUCUCGCCCACGAAAUGAUGCACUGCUGGAUCGCCUUGUACCUCUCGCAGACUUCGGAGCUUCCAGAGGAAGUGGAAGAGGGCCUGUGUGAGCUGAUGAGCUACUUCUGGCUCGUGCAGAAGCGAAACCAAACCACUACUACACAAGCGGCGGAGAAGCGGGAGGAGGUGGAGUACCUCCUCGGGCGUAUGGAGCGGAACUGGGACAACGCCCAGGGCCGAGGCUUCCACCGCGCGCUGACUUCGCUCCAAGCUCAAGAGGACGGCAACCUGCAGCUUCUUUUGGCCCACGCCCGACAGCACUCGGCCUUCCCCGCCCCACUCCCCGCACUCUGA